UGUGUGUGUGUGUUGUGCCCGCUGCAGUCAUGGGUUUGGAUACAGUGUCGCAAAAAAAGAAGAAAAUAAUUGUUGCUGGCUUGGCUUUGUCGAUUGUGACCAUCAUUUUGGGUCUUGGGCUCGGUCUGGGACUGCAGCUACAGAGAUGUCAGAACAAAGUGGACCCUGCGGUUCCCCACACGUCCUGCAAGAGCCGCUGCUACGAGCCGUUCGACGACGAGACGCCGGGCUGCAGAUGCGACGCCCAGUGCGUCACCAGCGGCAACUGUUGCUACGACUACCAUGACCUCUGCCUUCUGCCCACCCAGCAGUGGCAGUGCUCCCGGCUGCGCUGCGGUGAGGCCCGGCUGGCCGACAGCCGCUGCCACUGCUCCUCCGACUGCGAGGCUGCAGGCGACUGCUGCACCAACUACCGCCACGUCUGCCACGGAGAGACAGAGUGGGUGGAGGACCUGUGUGAGGACCUGUCAGCGCCCCAGUGUCCAGCAAGCUUCAAGAGGCAGCCGCUGCUGCUGGUGUCUCUGGACGGGCUGCGAGCCGAGUACCUGCAGACGUGGAGCACGCUCGUCCCCGUCCUGGACAAACUCAGGAGGUGUGGCACCUCAGCUCCGUUCAUGCAGGCGGCGUUCCCAAGCAAAACUUUCCCCAAUCACUACACCAUUGUGACGGGGCUUUACCCAGAAUCCAACGGUUUGAUUGACAACACCAUGUACGACCCGGUGUUCGACGCCAGCUUCAGUCUGUCCAGUCCGGAGAAAAGUAACCCCCGCUGGUACCACGGACAGCCCAUCUGGCACACGGCGCGGUACCAGGGGCUGAAGUCAGGCACUUUCUUCUGGCCGGGGUCAGACGUAAAAAUCAACGGCAGCUUUCCUGACAUCUACAGACCUUACAACGGUAAAGUGCCGUUUGAAGAGAGAGUGUUCACCGUCCUGAAAUGGCUGCAGCUGCCAGACGACCAGAGGCCAGAUUUCUACACGCUGUAUCUGGAGGAGCCGGAUAAGUCUGGACACAACUUUGGUCCCGUCAGUGGAGGGGUAAUUGAAGCCCUCCAGGGUGUGGAUAAUGUCAUAGGACAGCUGAUGAAUGGCGUCAAACAGAUCGGCCUGCACCGGUGCCUCAACAUCAUCAUCGUGGCUGACCACGGUAUGGAGGACACCAGCUGCGACAGGAAGGAGGCGCUGCAGGACUUUGUGGGCAGUGUCCGGGACCUGUGGGUCACCGAGGGGACGUUCGGUCGGAUCAGAGCCAAGAACAACGACACCGUGUUGGACUCGGCUGCGCUGGUGGCCAACAUGAGCUGUCGGCAGCCCGAGCAGAAGAUCCAGCCGUACCUGAAGGCUCACCUGCCCAAGCGCCUGCACUACGCCAACAGCCGCCGCAUCGAGGACGUCAGCGUCCUGGUCACCCCCAAGUGGCUGUUUGAGAGAUACCCGGGAUCCCUGACGUUCUGCGCCGGCGGAGCUCAUGGCUACGACAACGACGUGGAGAGCAUGCUAGCCAUGUUCGUCAGCUAUGGACCGAAGUUUCAGUCCCAAACGGAAAUCGAACCUUUUUCCAACAUCGAGCUCUACAACCUGAUGUGUGACGUCUUGGAGCUCCUACCCGUUGAAAACAAUGGAACGCAUGGCAGUUUGAACCACCUGCUGAGGCGCCCCCCCCACGCCCCCGUCCCGCCGGCCGAGCAGAGCCGUCCCAGCGAGUGUCCGCUGCUCAGCCUGCAGCCGGCAGACACCCUGGGCUGCUCCUGUCCACAGCUGAGUGGAGGUGUGGACGUCGCCAACAGCCGACUGAAUCUGACCGCAGAGGAAGAGGCGGCCGCAGACCGGACGCACACGUUGUUCGGGCGUCCGCGGGCGCUGCGGGGCGGACAGAGCUACUGCCUCCUCCGCCAGCGGGGCUUCAUCAGCGCCUUCAGCCACCACGCCCGCAUGCCGCUGUGGAGCUCCUUCACUAUCGACAAGCCCGUGGAUGUAGAGCCGUUGCCCUCGGUUACGCCCGGCUGUCUGAGGGCUGACGUCAGGCUGACGGCAGCGCACAGUCCUAGAUGUGACCAGUUCAGCGGCAGCGCCAACCUGACGCUCGCCUUCCUCUACCCGCCCAAUCUGAACACGACGGCGGAGCAGCAGUUCGACGCCCUCCUCGUGAGCAACGUGGUGCCGAUGUACCCCGAGUUUAAGAAGAUCUGGGACUACUUCCAUAGCACCCUGCUGAUGAAAUACGCCUUCGACUACAAUGGAAUCAACGUCGUGACCGGCCCUGUUUUUGAUUAUAAUUAUGACGGACGGUACGACACUCCAGAGCAGAUCCAGCAGUUUGUCCCGGGCACCGACAUCCCCGUCCCGACACAUUACUUUGCGGUGCUGACCAGCUGCCGGAGCUCCUCCCAGCCGGUGAGCGGCUGCGACGGCGAGCUGCAGACCGUCUCCUUCCUGCUGCCGCACCGACCCGACAACUCUGAGAGCUGCCGAAGCGCAGAGGCUGAGUCUCAUUGGGUGGAAGACCUCAUGUGGUUCCACCAAGCACGAGUCAGAGACGUUGAGUGGAUCACGGGAUUGGAUUUCUACCAGGGCAGCAACCGACCAAUCCCUGAGUUACUGCGCAUGAAGACCCGCCCCACCGCCGCCAUUCACAGAAAACCCUGA